CGCGCUCCCGCGCGAGCUGUCUCCUCAGCCCACCUUAGACGUCCUAGGUGGGCGUAUAUCACCAGCAGCUCUGUUAAUCAUCAAAACGUGUUUGUGCGCCGUGGUGGCUCUUCGACCGCCUGAAAACUAACAUCCCCCUCCAUGAACCAACAUAGAGGGAGCACGAUGUCUACGACGAGCGCCACCCACCGAUUCCCCCCGACGGUACUCCAGGAGAUCUGUCGUGAACUUCUAUGCUUGCCACUCGACCAGACGGAUCAGGGUUUUCGGCACAUAGGCUCCCGAACGGUCGCCGCUCUUGCAGUAACCGCCCGCCUUUUUCUCGAGCCCGCAAUGAACGUCCUAUGGCACACUAUUCCCGACAUUGCAGUCCUCUUCUUCACACUAGACGAGGAGGCCUACCAUCAGGGGGAAGUAUUCGAAGGCGAGAGGCAAUUACAAUUCAAAGGCACCCCGUCGGAGUCACAGCUCGAGCGAUUCUUCGCGUACGCUCGGCGAGUCCGCGCGGUCUACUCUGCUGCGCACGUCUCGACUCGCGUCAGGUUCAUCAACGCUAGCCCAGAAGCAUACGACACGCUGGCAGAGAUCCUGGGUGGCACCCGCACGCUCUUGCCCAACGUGGAGAAGAUCUACUACCAGCGUCCGGAGACCAU